GGGGGGAAGAGAAAGAACACCGAGACGCGACCUCGCCCCGCCGAGGCGGCUGCUGGAGGAGGUCGUUGCGCAGGUUUUAUUCCUCUCCGCCAUCGCCUCAUCGGCCCUGGCCAUGUACCGGCAGAGCUUCCGCCCCCCAACGCCUCCUUACGCGGGCGGCGGCUUUCGGAGCCCUCCCUCCGGCGGUGGGGGCCCUAUGCCCCCCUCGCCGCGGGGCUACGGGAGCCCACACCACACGCCGCCCUACAGCCACCGGCCUGGGCCUUACUCGCCCCGAGGCCACAGCUUCCACGGCGGCGGCGGGCGGUUCGGGAGCCCGUCACCGGGGGGCCAGACCCCGCGCAGGCCGCAGAGCAUCAGCCCCCGCUACCCGGCUCCCUACGGCGGCAAAUCCCCGGCCGGAGCUGCCCCGCAGCAGCACAAGCGCUCGCCCGGGGGCUUCCAGAGGCACUACCAGGGAUCACCCAGGACAUCUACUCCAUUUGGUACAGCGCAUGGCAAAGAGAAAAGAGUGUCUAAUGAUGUGGAAAACUAUUACAGACCUUCAAUGCUUGAGGACCCAUGGGCUGGCCUAGAGCCAGUUUCUGUUACAGACAUAAACCAACAGUACAGCAGUGAGCAAACAACAUAUACUGGUAAAAAAGGGAGGUAUUUCAGCUAACACUUUUAAAGGCCAAAUAACUCCAUCUUGUCAGGAAAACUUUGGGACAAAAUCUUUACACUUACACAAGAUGAACAAUAAUCAAGACCUUAGAUAAUGCUUUUAUUUGAUCACGUCCACCCUUUUAUCCUACUUUUUUUUUAUUGCAUUGGAUAUUUUUAUGUAUGGGAGGGAAAAGGAGUGGUAGGAAAACUUACGUUUCUGGCUACGUUGGAAGUGCCUACCAGCUUUGAAGAACAAAGUGUUCUUUAAUCACCAGCGACUGACUUGUGACUGUUAAAACAGGUUUCCAUAUAUUUACCUCUUCCAUGCCAGAUUGUUAGCCUUUUAUUGUAAGCUCCUUUAGGAAAUGGUAUUUUUUUAUGUUUCGACAUUUUUAGAAUGAAGUAACUUGGAAAUAAAAUAAAGUUUUGUAAAUCCUUGUUUUGUAAUGUAUAAAGAUUAUUUUAGGACUUUUGUUAAGGUGUAUGCAUUAACACAAAUAGUACUAGUGAAAUUAGGUGACUUCUGUAACUGUGUUUGUAUGCUGUAGUUAACCUCUGAUUUUGUGCAUAGUAUAUUUUGCUAAUUGUAGUGUAACAUGAAGUUGAAACGUGACUUUUAGCCAUCUCAGGAAACAAAUGUAUUGUCUUUGGAAAGUUUAAUUUGUUGAACCAAUUCUUGAGUCAUAAACAUAAGUAUGUAAUGAUUUGCUUUUGUAUUUUAAAAAAAUCUUAUUUGGAAAAAAACUAGACAUUUUUGGAUUAUAGUAACAAGUCUGUUCAGUGUCAAUUUAAGUUGAAGGAGCACAUAAAACAUCAAGAUUAAAUAAAUGCAAAUGUUCUUUGUGGAUCCACCUGUUAGAAUAGCAUAGAAUUGAAUGAAAGUUUGUUAUACAGUUGACAUUAGUACACAUAUAGCAUUUUUUUAUCUGUACAAGACUUUUCAAAUUUUUUAAUUAUUUUUUAUUUUUACCUAGAGAAGUCUUGUUUUGUGUGCAUGUAUACUAUAUUUUUAUACUGAAGAGGAAAGCAAUGAGGUUUUCUUAGAGCUUGUCUAUAUGCGGAAGAUCCAUUCUAAAAUCUAGUAGUGAAUAUUGUAAUCUAGAAUAAAUGAGUAAUAGUUCCAGCUGCAGGCAUGCUCUUAACAUGCCACGUUAAGCAUGCAGUAGAUAUGUAAAUUUUUGUUUUGUUUGGUUGUUGAUCUUGGCUUUUAAGCAGUAGGUAGAGGGUGAAAACUUAGUUAAAAAUAAAUAAAAGCAUUAGUUCAGUUUUCCAAACAUAUGUUUCCUUUUAAGCUUCUUAUAUACUGCACAGAAAACGUAUUUUUGUAGUCCUGAAGCAUGGUUAGGUAGAAAAGCACAGGGAAUCACAUUAGACUGUUCUUAGUAAUUUGUCUUUCACUGAGGUAGAAUAGUCCUGUAUACUUCUUUAUCUGUUUCAGCAUAAACUCUCUUGGCUUAAUACUGCCUUCAGGAACAACUUCAAGCUGGAAGAGGGGUUAACACAUUGAAAUGUGCUAGCUGAGUAACUUGCACUUUUAUGACCAUAAUCCAGUCACUUGUGUCUUCCCCCAGUUGACCUUAUUGUUUUGGUAGUGUAUCCAAAAAGGCUGCUUGGAGAACUGAGAACAUAACGCCCGCUUGAUAUCAAGAAUGGUUAAGUCUUCAUCCCAGAAUCAAAACUGUGCUUGAAUGGCAGCUAUCAGUAUUGUUAUCUGUGACGCGUACCAGCAAAACUGAGAUGACUUGACGAGCUGUAGAUAGUCUUUAGAAUUUAUGGAUCAAUUAAUCAAUGUCUUUGUGAAAAGUGAAGUAUAAAGUAUCCCCCCCCCUUUUUUUUUUUUUAACCUUGUCAGGUGCUAUAAAGCUCACAAAAAACCCCCUGCAGUUUACUUUUUGCAAUGUUUGGUGAUCUUGAGGAAAGAGAAAUGAUGUUAUUUAAGAGAUGAAAGUUACGAAGCAUUCCCAGCUAGACAUGAGAAGAAACAGGGUUUGGAAGGGAGAAAGGAAAGGAAUAGGAUUUAAGAGGUGGGACUGUUUAUACAGUAGCCCAUAUCAGCUGCCCUUGCAGAUUGCGGAGAUGCAUUUUCCCACUUUGGCUUUGCAGUUGACCCAGGGAUGAAAGGCAGCCUCCUCUGGUAAUAACUGUAAGCUCCUGGAACUGAGUGUCAGACAUCAACGAAGGUAAAGGUUUCAGAAAGAGAAUAGAGGAAAUAAUCUUGAAGCAUUGUUUAAUCAAUACGGGCUUUUCACAAUGCCAUCUGUUAAACUGCUGCUCCAGUGCACUUCGGGAUAUGACCCAACAAUUAUAAGUACAUCAUACUGCUAAAGACUCCAAUAAUUUGGUCAAGAAUCAGCAAGGAAUUAAAAUGUAGAUGUAAUAAACUUACUAACCUCAUCGUACUGCACCAAAAACUUAAAAAUGAUUCGCCUUUCUGUCUCGUAGGAGAAAUUCUGCAAUUAGAGUAAAAUUUCAAAAUGUUGUUGAAUAGCUGUAAAAUGCAUGAACACAUGUUCAGAUCUAUAAAUAUAAUGUACUUAAAGCCAAUUUAAGCUUUGCCUUUUUUGCUAUGAUAUCCGGGAAACUUAAGCACUUACUUCCUCACCAGUUUUUCUCCGUUGUUCCAUAUGGCAAACAUUCUUUUUCCCCACAUGUUUCUAAUGGAGAUAGGAUAUAUCACUUCCUCAUUUGUUGAUAAAGCCACUUCAUAGUAUGGCUCUGGAAAUAGCAUUUGGUGAUUAAAAAGUAUGGCACAAAUACAUCCUUCCUUCAUGAGCCCAUGAAAUAAAAUAGUGCCUGUGUCUUGUUAAUGAAGGGAUUCUUCCGUAAUGAACACACUAAGAGUAUGGGCAUUGUUCUUUCUUCAACAGACGACUUAGAGUUUAAGGUAAGUCAUUGAGCUUCUUUUUCGGAAGUUUGGGUUGAUGUACUUCUUGUCCAUUCUGUUUUGUUUGUAUUGUGCUUGUGCGUCAAGUCCAUCUGACUUUCCGUUCAGUUGUUGUAAAGGAGUUGUGUAACUCGUGACUAAUUAAUUCUCUUCUAGCAAAAAAUUAAUUUCAUUUGUUGCUGUUUGCUACUGUGUUUAACAGUGAACUGCAUUGCUGUUACAUUUUACUAAUACCAUAGUAAGAUAACUUAAAUGUGCUGAGUGUGAGUCUGUGUAAUAUGGCAACACGCCGGGUGGGGAGUUAUCCCAAAUUGUGUACUGUAUGUAGGACUUCAAAGACAGUUCAGGUUUGAGUUUUCUCUGCGACUUUAUAAUACAGAAUAUUCAUUCUUCUCUGGCACUUUGGACAUGCUAUUUUACAUUGAAAUUGUAAAACAAAUUAGAAUUUUAAAAUGUCAAUUACAGGAGGAAUUUAAAAAUUCAAGCUACUUGUCUUUAGAGUAAGGCAGUGAGAUGUAGCAUCUUUCUAAUGUCAAAACUGGGAAUAGUUUGCAGGGGAAAUGCUUCUGGUCAACAGAAUGGGUAAUGACUUUUACAGUCAGGUUGUUUUUCUUUUCCUCUUAAGGAUAUCUUUGUGGGCUCUUCACUUUAUAUAAACGUGUUAAUUAGACAUCUGAGGGGGAGCAUAUGAAACGUGUUAUGUGGGAAGUGUACAAGAAGCUAUUCAGCUCCUUCCUAAAGAAAAGUUUUUAUAGUCUGUUUGCGUUUCAAGUUGUGCUGCGAUCAAGAUCCGUAAGUAUCUAACAUUACAGUUUGAAAAUUGUGCUUUUUACCAACUGCAAUAAACUGCUCUGUUUACCAAUUGCUCUGAAUUCAGAUUCAUACACGUGCUUUGUUAUAUGAACCAAGACUGUCUUGCAAUGAAUUAAACUUCUUUUUACAACAUGUUCCUAAAUUCUCAAGAGUAAAGACUUUAUUCACCAAACCUUGGUGCUUGCCUUCCUCCCGUCUUGCUUGUACUAGAGGAGAAAAGGGAAGAUGUGCCUACACUGGUGAAGAAUCAUGUAAUGAUUUUCACAUCUUAGACUUUCAGAAGCUUGUGUACCAAUUAACAUAAGUAACAAGUUAAACUUUUUUAUCAUUUGAGUCGACUCAAACAACUUUUUGCACCACAAGAAAGGAAAGAAAUCACCAAGUUGUGUUAACGCUUAACAGUAGUAUAGUUCUGGCAUUCAGUGAUUAGUUCACAAUCUAAUUCUUUGCCUACAGUAACUUUUUGUCAGUGUCUCACUAGGCACAAAUUGAGUCAGUAUCAUUUUCUGCCAUUUUCACUGAAGUAUGUGCUUUGCUGACUUACAGUUUAAGAACACUUUCUCAACUUGGACUUCUAAAUUUACCUUUAAAAAACUACUAACUCUUGAUUGUUAGACCUCAAGUCUAGACCUUACCUUUAAAGCAUUUUAGAUCUGGCUGAAAGAGCUUUAUCUCAUCCUCAUUGCUUCCUUGAUGACAGUAGGAAAUAUUUGAGUACUAGGGUGGAAGCAGUUGGGUAGAUAUUCAGUGUCAUAACAGGGUCAUCAAACUACCCUUCCUCCUCUCCUAGAGGUUGCUCCUGAUUUCUUGUUCCAGUGCAGCGGGGCCCAAGAGGUGUUUUGAGCCAAAUAGUCCUGCAUUUUGUUUCACCAGCUGUAUGUGGGAUGCAGCAUUUUAAAUCCUAUCAGCGGUUUGCUUAGUGUGUAUCCUGGAUUUUAAAUUUUACCAGCAUUAUAAAUUCUAAUUUGUCAUUUUGACUCAAAAAUAUUGAACAUUUUCUUCUUCUGCAGUAAAAUCACAGGUGAAUUCCACUGCGCUUUGCUCACUCCUCUGUGGCUAUUGCAGAUUCCUUUUCUGAACUAUAAAUGUAAACAUUUGUAUGCAAGAAAGUAAUUUCUGUGGCUAAAAAGGGGUCAUAGCAGUAUAACUUCAGAGUGAAAUUUCUAAUAUUGUUGACACUAUUGCUAUUAAAAUAAGAGCUUCUCUGUCCCCCUUUUACAGGACAAAAAUAAAGCAAAAAAUUAAGUAGUUGAGAUGCUGAGCUGGAAACUGAUCUAUGCAGUGCGAGAUGGACUAUGUGAGUAGGGACAUCAUUACAAUUCAGAGUAACCUGUGUUAGCCCGUUUCCAUAUUGCAGGUUUUUAACAAAGAGCUGAAAAAAUACCAUCCCACUUCCUAAUAAGACAGAAAAAGGCAUAUCUCAAAAAUUACCAAGAAUAUCUCAAGAAUUAGUCUUACACUCUGAGACCGGUCUUGUUCUUAUUUUUCUUCUGGAGAAGCACUGACUUGUUACUGGUAACUUCAAGGCUUCCUGUGACGUGAACUUCAGUCAAAGUCAUCAAAUCACCAUUUGACCUGUUCUCUGGCAAAAGUGAAAAGACUGUUUUACACAGAAUAUUGGACAUACUCAGUUUCACAAAACUAGGCUGUACUGUUCACUGGAUGUGGAAAGCUUUUGAUGCUAGAUUAGCAUGUAUUUAUUUCUUAAAUUUUUUGAGUAAAGUAUUCCUGCAUUUUGAUUCAAACUGUCAGUAUUUUUUAGCAGUAAAAAAGUUGUACCUUCAAGUUUUACCAGGGAAGUAAUUUUCAAAUACUAAAAUUAAUUCCCAAAAUUGCUUAUUCUGAGCAUUCACUUUUUUUCCAGGUAACAGCAACAGGAUUGUGGAGGAUGUAUUACGUUUAUACUUCUUUUUUCCCUACAAAAGAAAAAAUAAGUUUAAUUAAUUUCAUUCAAAUGUCAGUCUUAAUUCAAGUAGUGGUGGUGGUUGCAUAGAUUAGUUCAAAAGAGUCUGAGGUUCCUUCCUUUCUUAGAAUCAUGGAAUGGUUCAGCUUGGAAGGGACCUUAAAGAUCAUCUAGUUCCAACCCCCUGCCAUGGGCAGGGACACCUCCCACUAGCCCAGGCUGCUCAAAGCCCCAUCCAGCCUGGCCUUGAACACUUCCAGGGAUGGGGCAGCCACAGCUUCUCUGGGCAACCUGUUCCAGUGCCUCACCACCCUCACAGUAAAGCGCUUCUUCCUAAUAUCUAAUCUGAAUUUCCCCUCUUUCAGUUUAAAACCAUACCGCUAAUAUCUAAUCUGAAUUUCCCCUCUUUCAGUUUAAAACCAUUACCCCUUGUCCUUUCUUACUUAAAGAGCUUACAUGUUCCAAACCAGCCAGCGCAUGGACCCAGGUGUGCUGGGUCGGAGGUUUUGCAGUUGAGAUGCUGGGAUGGAAAUGACGGUCUGCGCAGUGCCAGAUGGCCUACACGAGUAGGGACAUCAUUGCAAUUCAAUGUCACCUGUAUUAGCCCAUUUCCAGAUUGCAGCUAGAAUGGGGCUUUAACAAGGAUACAACAGGUAAGACCCCUUCCCUCCCACACACGUAAACAGACCUCAAGGGAUUUUUCGUUUUCUAAGCCUACAGUGAGCCACUGUGUUAAUAGGGUCAAGGAUACGAGAAUUUAAAUUUUUCUUUCAUUUAUUCAUUAGCGAUGGUGUCGUAGGAGGCAAAGAAUUUGACAUUGCAUCAAGAUGAAAUUUUUAACACAAUUAUUUUACAAUGGGCCGCACCAAAAAUCUGUGUGUACUGCCCUGCUUUUAUGGGCAGCAGUAAUGAUGCUGUAUUAACAUACACUUAAACCUUCUGGUAUCCAUAUGUAUUUUGCCACAAUCUAAUUGCUGUGUAGUCAAGAUAGUUAAAAGCUGUUAGUAUAGAGUCAACAAGUGUUUGCUUUGGGUUUAAGUCUUUGUAGUUUGCAUGAGGAAAUUCCUAAGAGUUCAAACUGCUGACCAUGAUGUUGAUGCAACUAUUAGUAUAAAUACUAAUAAAUGGAAGAGCAAAACCUCUUUCACGCUAAUGCAAAUCAUUCCCUUUUCAAGCAUCACACCAGCUAAUGCUGAAAGAAGGGAAGAGGAAUCAAGCUAAUUGACAACUUCUGUGGGCAACUACACAGUGUAAACCACAAAUAACAGAGCAAACAUAAGCUUUAAAAACCACUGAUUGCCAACUGGGGAGUGUUAUCAACAGUAAUUGGAUUGUAAGUAGUAGCUGUGCAGCACUUGCAAAGUCAAACCACUACCUCCUGUGGCUUAAUGGAGAUUUUUAAGUUAAUGCAAAAUAAGACUUUGAGCUGUAUUCCCUUAACAGCUGUUGGGAAUUAACAGUUGAGUUUGCAGAAGAGGAUAAGUAUCUUCACCACUUGCCUGUGAAGUCCUGCAUCUGUGCAUAACUCUAGCAUCUUUGUGUGAGUCUCAUCUCAUCAUUUUAUUUUUUUUUUUAAGCUAAGAUAAAACCUUGCAUUUGAAAGUCUUGGGAAUUGUCAAAAAGGUGAAAGGGAGAAUUAACACCUGCAAAUGAUCCGAGUGGGUUGGUGACUGUAAGAAGGCACCAAGGGUCCAUCCAUCGAUUACCUGCCAUUCCGCUUUCCUAAAGCUAUUUCCCUUGUCUGUAAAUUUUUGAUAGCCUCCUGGUUGCUAUGGCAAUUAAAUUAUACCAAAGAAAAUUAUUUGGUUGUUCAUUUCCAGAUGUUAAGAGAGCAGUAUGUGCAGUGUGGACAACAGGUUGAGAAACUGCUGUAGGUGUUUUCAAACGAAUGAACUGCCAGAUUGCGUCCCUGUUGAAACUGAAGACAGCUUACACUACCAGCAGCGUUCCUGUACUUUGAAUAGCUUCUAAAAUAAAGUUCCAAGUGUGUACAAACCUUGCAUAAAAAAAUCUUUAAAUCCCUGUUUUCAGGGUAUCUGUUGCAUCUGGCUGCAUUUUUCUGACAACAUUUAAUUUCCUCUCAGAAUAAUCGCAGGAUGUUUUAUACAUUGACUCUCCUGUAACCCGUCAUUCUCACUGCUCUAAGGUGAGGCAGAAAUAGUUACCGUCUACACUUUGUGAAUACACAACUGGUAAUAGCCCAGUUUAAUUUCGCUCUGCUAUUGGCUCGCCCCAGUAAGUAGGUGACAACUCUCUUUUCAUUUUUCAAAUCUCUAUCAUUUAUCUUCUUACAGCUUGAAAGUGAUAGAUUCUAAGGCAUUCAUAAGAACAUCCACAAGGUUUUGUGUGCUUUAUAUUUCAGGCAAACAGUUUAAAAAGACUUACCAAAACCAGGUUGUUGGGGUUUCUUUACGCCCUCCCCCUUGAUAGAGAGAAGAUAACUUAUGUAGUCGUAUCAAAAUUUUUCCUCUCCAGUGUCUCUUCCCCACCCGCCCCCCCCUUUUUUUUUUUCUCAGAACUGUCUGUGCACCAGCUAUGCAUUAAAGCUUUUCUGCUUAGGUUUUCCAUGGAAAUAAGCCUGCCAUUCCUGCCCCUUCCAUUGGAAUAGGCCUUUCAGGGCUCUGCUACUAAUAAUUGCCCGCUGGAGGGUUUGGUGGAACGGGUGCCACUCAAUCACCCAACACACCCAGUCCACUAAAGGUCCGGUUGGUUUACGUUGCUGGAGAUGAUGGAACUAUGUCAACAAGUGAAGUGCACACAAACCCUCCCCACUCCUCUGAAUGAGCCCAAGCUGGUUGAGUGGUUGAGUGACACAUUGUCAGAUGUGCAGUGAGAACUGUACAAUGCCCCUACCAUAGCGGCCACCCUUUUACCUCUAGAUUAAGAAGUUCCCUUCUGAACAUGCAGACAAGUGGUGCUCAAAUCUGUGCUAAGCAUUGCAUAGUGAUGCAAUGCAGUGUCACUCUCGGAAGACAACAGAAGAGGGCGUGGGAAAACAGUGUCGUCUCAAUCCCAGUUCUUCCUGGUAGCUUCCCCACACAACCAUCUCUUAAAUACUCGUAUUUCCACUCAGCAUAUCCUUGUUGAUACCACACCAAGUGGGAGGGAGGAAAACUACCUCAUGAAAGCAUAAAGUCAGAUACUCUCUCUUCAGCAGCCACAGAACAUAUUGCUGUUUUGCAGUCCAUGAAUGACAAGGAAGCAGAUGCGUGUUCAGAGAGAAGUGAGUUUUACGAGCAGCAAAAACGAAAAGCCUGCGUGCAUAGGGACUGUUCCUAUUCAGUAUACUUAAUCAUUUACCGUCAACUUAAAAAGAUAGUUCAGCUUCAGCCCUGCCCCAGUUACUUCAGUGCUAAAUUCUACUUCAGAAUCUUUUAAACAGCCGGAAGAUCUGCUAUGGAGCAACUCUCUCAGUCUUGUAGCCUUUCCAAUGAGCAGAAGGAAAAAAGCCGAGUUCUGGUGUCAUUCUAACUGUAUUGAUGUAUCAGUGAAAAACAGCAGAAACACGUCUCAUCAAAGUAUUCGCCUUUAGCAGCAAGUAGUCUGUUGCUAUGUAAGCAUCUCAAAACAAAUAAUCCAGUUCCUGGUGGUACUUACAGGCCUGGGGAGGAUCAUCAGUACAGCAGACUUCCACCUCCAGCAUCUCCUUGCAAGGAAACUCUCUAGUGAAAGGGUCAGCACCUUCAAAAGCACAUCGCUUCCCUUGAAGUUCAGCAUGAGCCCCUUUCAGUUGUUUGCAGUAUCACAAAGCAUCAGCACAGAACGUGGGCAGGAGUCCAGAAUGUGCUACCAGUCUCCCCAUAAGUGACACAAAGGAGUAGAAUGCUCAAGGAAGAUUUUAAGACCUGCCUUUAUUUCUUUAUUCUGUUUCUUCACAGGCUCCACAACAUUCUUUGUGGCCAGGUCUUCACUUUGCUCUGGACUCCCUUUCCACCAACUAUCCCAUAUUCUUUCUUUGGCUGACACUCCAUUUGAACCAGAUAUUUCUCUCCUACAACACUUCCACUCUUCUGUGCCAUCCAUAAGUUACCUUCUUCAGAGCUAUCUGUAUCACUAGAUGAUUUUUCCACCCUGAACCGACUACCACCAUUCCUCUAGUUCUCCUGACAAAGCAGAUAUGGCAAGUGCUUUAAAAACAAACAAGUUAGAGCUUGGAUAGUUUAAAAUGUGUUUCAAACCAAACUUGCUGAUGUCUGAAACAAGAAAGCUAACUCAAGUGAGCUCUUCCAACAAUGAAUCUCGGGACAGAAGCUGUCAGUAACCUCCCUAGGAGUAAUAAUACUGCUGUUGCAAAAGCAAUUGCAAAGUGAUGUGCAAAGGUACCUCCGUCCGUAACCUGUCUGCAUCUUUCUUCUUUUUUCUUCCUGCAGAUUCUUUUCAGACUCCUGCUUCGUUAUCUUUGUCCUGUUGUUGGGGGUUUUUUUAUUAUAAUUAUUUUAUUAUUUCUUUUUACUAAUUCCAAACUUUAAGCAUCUUUCAAAAAGAAAAACAGUUUUUUAAAGUUCUGAACAAAAUCUGUACAUAUUGAAUCCCAAAGAGCGGUGCAGUGAUGCUAGUUUGUUUACGGGUAUGGAAUACAGACCUUUUCAGUAAAAUGUGGAUUCCAUAAACUAAAGCAGCAUGUGAAAUACAUUUUUUCCUAAUAAACUAUACAUAGAUUUUGUCAAAUCCCAAAUCUCAGUAUCAGUCAGUGCUAGAAAGAAGUAUUUAUCCUGAUACCCUGCAGAAUGUUAGGUCUAAAUCUCACUUGGUGACUCCCUCGUCAAACCAAUCACUUCGUUUAAAGCAGAGCCUAGAUAUCCAAUAUGUAAAGUCAGUUGAAGUUGAUACCAAGCCUAACCACUGUCACUGAAAAAGCUGCUUUCUAUCUAGGCUGGCUUCAUCUAACAUUAGCUUCCCUCAGCGGAUUACAUUUUACAUUUUUAUAUUGCAUUAGAGAGUCGUGUAUCGAAUUUCUGUUUAAGGGAGGUGAUCAAAUAACAUCUGAACAUUCUCUGCCACAAUUAAAUACAGCCAUUAAAACCACAUCAGGACAUUUUUUCUAGGCCUGGGGUGUUUAUCUGUUUUCUGAAGAUGUUCUAGUAAGUUUUAAAGUAAUGGUUUACUUUAAAAUCAUUAAAAUUAUAUACUAAAAUCCUACUGAUUAAUAUUCCUCUGCUUAUGUUCUCAUUAACCCCCUCAUGUUCAGCAUCACACUGGAAGGUAGCAGUCUUUUUCACUGUCACUUCAUUCCAGCUUUUUGUGUCUUAUAAUUGAGACCAACUCCGUUGAUCUUUAUGUGCGAUCUUACAUUUCACUGCGUUAAAAUAUGAAGGUACAUGUUCCAUGUUCCUCUCUUAGUGCAAUGGUUAAAAUAGCACCUGAAAUAAAAACUCCUUGAAUACCCCAAACACAGACAUCGUAACGCUCUGCACGCUAACCCUCCUAAAUUUUAGUCCGUAGUUACCACAUCUUUGGUGCCUUCCUUACAGCAUUUGCAUUUGUUGUCUCAGAAGCAGAGAGAGUUAAAACAAUUCACAGCUUUUUCUUGAAAUUUCCCUCUCCACAGCGAGGCAGAGCCUGGCCAGGACUGUCCCGGAGUCAUGUAAACACAGACAUCUGCUUGCUGUCACUUUGUCCCCGCUUUGAAAUUCCUAAGAAUAAAAAACAUCCCGCAGCGGGGUCAGACCAGUCAUCCUCCAGUCCAGUACUCACCUCCUCCCUGGUGGCCAAGGCGGAUGCCACUGAAGGAGAACAUCUCCCAGGCCGCUUCCUGCUGGCCCUUCAUGCUGCCCAGCACCACCAUCCCAAGGUGAGGGACGCUGGGGCACAUACAUCUGUCUAGUCUGUCUUAAUACUCUUUCGUGGACCUAUUGACUACGAGUUUGUAUAAUCCUUUUUUGAAGCUCAUGAUACAACUCGUUCUUUCUGAAUACAGUACUAAACCCAAUUUAGUUCUCUUAUAAAAACAUUACCAAAGUUGUCCAAAUUUUAAUAUCCAGAUCAUCUAAGCGUGUACAGGAAAUUACGAAGCACAGUAAACAUUUAGGGUAUGAAGACCAUUCAACUAGAGCUACUACCUGGAAAAUAAAAAUCACACUGAUUUCAAGAGAGAGUGUGGUAUUUCGGUGAAAAUCUACAAUUAUCUAUCUGUUGUGUUUCUGUUCAGGGGUGCAAAUAACACCUUUUUCUCAGAUUUAGAAAUCAGGGCUUAUCUCGAAUUAUUUUGCCUCCCUGUUGCUCCAGGAAGGCCAGUGUGAAAGAUCUGAGCAAAUAGGAGAACAAUAAUGCACAGUUCUAGAAAUAGCUUUAAUCCCUACAUGCCUCUAAACAGAAAUUCACCUGACAAAUGUGAACGUUACUUUUAAUAUAAAGUUAAACCAACACCAUUGAUUACAUUUAAUUAAGCAUCCCACCAGCCUUUAGAGAGGAUAACGCUAUUAUUCCAUCGUUCCACAAACGGGAGAAUAAAAGAAUAGCAAGAGAAGGUUUAAGCCUCAGUACCACUAAACGAUAGAAGAGAGCCCAGUAUUUCCUGCCUCCCCCAUUCCAUUCCCUAAAGGUGAUUAGUCAGUAGAAUUUUCAGAGCAACUUUCAAAUGCAUCACCUUCCUGGGAGGAGGGAUGCCAGCAGAAAGGCAGCCGCGCUUUCCAGCACAUACUGUGGGGAAACGGUAGCUGUUUGAUGCUGUGAGCAUCUCCCUCUGUGCUACAGCUACUCGUUAAAGCUUCCAGAUUCUGAUACAAGUCUGCAAAACCACUUUCAUUUUCCUGAGCAGCGUUCAAAGUUGCUCUGAAGAAUACAGAUAGACUGAGAAACAUUGCUUUUAACACAAGAAAUCCACUUCUUAUGUUUUCAGCGUGCAAGGACUUGGAACAAAUGAGAAUCUCUAUGAUUUCUUCAAUAAUGCAUACGUUUGUGUGGUUCACAGCUCUUGAGGAAAGCUGCAUUUCAAGUCUUCUGCGGCCAAAAUAAGUAUGCCGAAUUAUACAUAAUUUUUUUUUUUUUUAAUGGAAGGUAGUUUUAUUCAAAAGGGAAACUCUGUCACUGGAGAAUUAAAUGGAAAUCCCUGCUGAAGCUAACAGGGGUUUGGAUUUCAUCCUUUAUCUGACCUAAAAUGUGCACUGACAGCAGGAACAGUUUCAAACUAAGGUAACAGUCUGAGUUUUCAUGCACAGCACUACAGCGGGGCAGGUCACAGUCCCCUAAGAAAUAGAGAGGGAUGCUUUUACUAUUGAAUUUCACCGCGUAUGGAAAUGAUCUAUGCUAUAAUCAAAAGCGUAGCCCCUUCCAGUGGAAGAUUCUCAAGCAAUUAUCACAGAGUAAACCAGUCUUUAGCUCUAUUAGCCAUUCAUUUAAUGAUUUUUAAUGACCAGUAUCUUCAUAACCAAUAGAUGCCCAAUCUGGCAAAGCACCUGCGCCCUCGUCUCCUGGAGACAAAUGGGGUUCGGCUUCGCAGAUUAACAAACCAGAAAGCCAUACGCCACCGUAUUCUAAAGUGUAUUGUAAUAAACUUUCUGGGUUUCAAAACAGAAAAGUAAUCCAUAAAUUCACUUCCAGAGUUGAGGCUUGAGGUCUUCAGGUUUUUUAAGAUGGGGAUAUUUUUUUUGGACAGGAGCUUUAAGUGGCAUAAUCUCUUUCUAGAGCAUAAAACUGUCACCGUAAUACUCACAAGUCAUUUCAUGGGUCUUAUUUUUAAAAAUAAGCUACAGAAAAAUCAAGCCUAAAAAAGUUAAUGCAUCACUAUUAGUGUUCAAGCUGUGGAAGUGCUGAAUUUACUAUUCCAACAAUACACGAGGUAUUGCAUGAUGUAGAUGCUGUUUCACAAAACACGGGGUGUGUAAUACAAGUGUUAAAAACCUGAUUUCUUGCUUUUUCUGGCUAACCAACAAGAGUGUUUAAUGUCAACUCGAGCAGCUUUUUCAUUCCCGCUUACGAACUAGUUUUAGACCUGCUCUGAAGAGCAGCAGGAGCUGCCAGCUUCCACUUCCCAAAAAAUCCUACCGAUAAGAAAUCUUAAUCCACUCUGUUGGGUCUGUUUCUGCGCUUGUGAAUGUAGUAAUGCUGCUGCUGUUGUGUUCUCUUCUCCCGCCCCGUGAAAACCCUCCAACGGAGUUACACCACUUGCCGAAGCGUCGUGCACCCAAACGGCACUCUGUUGGAAGAGGCCGAGCCAGUGUCCUGUUAGACACAGCAAAGCACGCGCUUGUGUGUUGUUCCUGUUGAUUUUGUCUCGUCAAAUCGUUGUCUCUGCAUUGUGUAGAAAGUUGGCGAGUUAUCCUCUUUUCCUACGUGGGAAGCUGUUUGGAAUAUCAAUUGCACUUCAAACACAAAUAGCAAUGGAUUCCCUCAAAUUGAGUGUCAGUGAAGCAUCUGCGUUUGAUGCUCUUACGGAUCUGUGUAUGAAAUCCUGACCUUCUCCUGUUACCUGCAGCCUCCUUGACAGGAGAAGGUUUUAUAGAUUUUUAUUUUUAAUUAGCCAAUAUAACUGAUCCCUGUCGUUCUCAUUACAUUUUUCUUCCCAAUUCUACAGAGGCAAUCAAUGAUCUCGCCUAAUAUUUAAGCUGCCAACUUUCUUAUUUGUUGUGGACUGCAGCAACUACAUUUUAUUCUGUCAGAUGCUGGUUACACUCCUUCUGCUCUUGCCACCACGAACACGUCAUACAGAUGAGAUAUGUAGACAGAAACAUAUUUUCACCAAGACAGGAGGAUGACCAUUGAGGUAGUCAUACCAGUUUCACCAAAAGAUUUCAGUGAGAAUUACGUUUUCUUUAAAAUGUUGACAUUUUUCUCAAACAUUUUUUUCAUUCAUCACUUCAAAGAGAGUAACAGGUGCUUUUAAACAAAUGUCGCUUCAAAAAAGUAGUUGAAUUAUUUAUUUACUUACCAGCCUACGAACUACAUACUGUGGUGAAGUAUGGCCUCUUUUUUAUUUUUACAUAACAAUUUAAUGCAUAUGAAUCCAUAUUUAAAUGAAUUCUAUGAAAUUGUGAUUUCAUGUAAAUUGCAUACCUGUGUGCCUGUGCUCUGAGCAUACUAUAAUAAGAGAUACAGUUAAAAUUAAUUUCCCGUCACAGACUUCAUAUUAGCAUAUCCUUUCUGCAUUUCACACUUAUCCUUUCUGCAAAGCCAAGAGCACCUUCUUUUCAGCACGCUGUAUCUAGCCAUAUAUCUGCGUUUUAAAUAAACCCCAAAAGCACUGGAUUUCAGCCGCAGAGUCAUGCUUUGCUUUGCUGCUUCCCGUAACACAGAGCAUAACGGAAUGGGUUUUAGAAUCCAAAAGCUCCGUAACACUGAAACCUUAAUGUAGGAGCUGAGAAAUGAGGAAGAGGAGUCAAGAGGCUGCAAGGUAGCAACAAACGACAGGCUUCAUUUGUUCAAGAAAGCGUGCAGAAGGUUUCCCUGGAUGUCGGUAAAGAAUUUGCAUUCUUAAAAUUAAGACUUCAAUGUUGUACUUAAAGCAAUAAAAAAAAAAAACAAAAAACAAAACCCCACAACCAAAAAACCCCCAAAAGACAACCUCAUACCAAACUGGAGCCUCCCAGGAGAUGAGUCGAAAGAGAAGGCCAUCUCCAGUUUAUCUGAUGCUAGAAGCCGAAAUAGGGUUGAAUUUCUGAUAGAACAGGUCUGCAAAAUUCUGUGGGAUUCGGGGUUUUUCUUUGGCAUUGUUCCCAAAAGGCGAUAUUGUAAUUGCAAGUACAGUUUGCAAAUAAAA